CUUUCCUCGGGACAUUAGAACGCAGAGUUUGUGGGGAGAUCAGGAUGAGCAUUCAGUGGAUGGAAAGUUCAGGGAGACUUUAUAUCUAACCUUGAUCAAAACAUUUUAUUAUCAGCUUACUUUAUUUUUGGUAUUUUUUUCGUAUGACUGCGAUACGUUUAUAUUUUACGCGCGUGCAAUACAGCGUUUCUGGCAUUUCAGAAGACCAUGUUUCCUAUGGAAAACGAUGUUGGUCCAUCAUCUUAGCUGAGCAAAAUUAAUUUGGAACGUAGCACAUAGCAUAUCACUAUUUUCAUUUGUUUAUACAGAUGCACAAGACUCGUGGAAUUAAUCCCACAGCCUAAACUGUGAAUAUGCUCAAGUUAAUGGCGUGCAUUUUAUUCGCCUCUGUUGUACAGUCACGGCUGAUCCGAAAGAGACAAACUCCCUGUUCAGAGGUAUGUGAUGUAUUCCGCUGUCCUGCACCAGAAUCGUGCUAUUAUGGAGUUGUACGGGACCAUUGCGGUUGCUGCGUAAUUUGCGCCUCCGGAGAGGGCGACAUUUGUGGUGAGCUUGGAACGGGCAUUUGCGGUGAGGGUAUGGUGUGUGACUAUGAGCCAGGAACGCGUCGGCUCCGGGGGUCCUGCGUGUGUACAUCCAACGAGCCGGUGUGCGGGAGCGACGGAAGGGAUUACCCUAGCAUUUGCCGAUUGAGAGCGGAGAAUAGGAGAGCAGAUAUCAGCGGGACACCUCCGGUCAUCCUGAUUCAGAGGGGCCGCUGUGACUCAGGGUCCCUUAAUCCUGGCAGCAUGCGCUACAAAUUCAACUUCAUCGCCGACGUGGUGGACAAAAUCGCUCCCGCUGUCGUCCAUCUGGAGCUCUUCCGCAGAUUGCCAUUCUCCCAGCAGGAGGUCCCGGUGUCCACCGGUUCAGGGUUCAUUGUGUCUGAGGAAGGCUGGAUUGUCACCAACGCGCACGUCCUGUCCAACAAACAGCGCAUUAAGGUCGAGCUGAAGAGUGGAGCACAAUAUGAAGCCUCUGUGAAGGACGUGGACCAGAAACUAGACAUCGCGCUCAUUAAAAUCGAGUCAAAUAACCAACUGCCGGUCCUGCUGCUGGGCCGCUCCUCGGACCUGCGGCCGGGGGAGUUUGUGGUGGCGGUGGGCAGCCCCUUCUCCCUGCAGAGCACGGUGACCACGGGCAUCGUCAGCACCACGCAGCGGGGCGGCCACGAGCUGGGGCUCAAGGACUCGGACAUGGAGUACAUCCAGACCGACGCCAUCAUCAACUACGGCAACUCCGGGGGCCCACUGGUUAACUUGGAUGGGGAGGUCGUUGGAAUUAACACUCUCAAGGUCACGGCAGGCAUAUCAUUCGCCAUUCCUUCAGACAAAAUACGUCAGUUCCUCACCGACUCCUACGACAGGCAAAUAAAAGGAAUGACACUUCCGAAAAAGAAGUACAUCGGAGUAAGAAUGCUGCAGCUUUCAGCGGCUAUGAUCAGAGACCUGAAGGACCGUGACAGAGACUUCCCCGAUGUAAACUCGGGCGUGUACGUGUAUGAGGUGAUUCCUGGCACAGCUGCGUCCAGUUCCGGGCUCCAGAAUCAAGACGUCAUCAUCAGCAUCAACGGGCGACCGGUCCAGACCACUGAGGACGUGAGCAACGCCGUGCAGUCCAGCAGGGCCCUGGCGGUGAUGGUGCGCCGGGCUAACGAGGACGUGGUCCUCACGGUGGUCCCAGAGGAGGUGGACUAACCCGUACCUCCUGCAGAAAAUGCAUCUGGG